UGGCGGUCGCUGUAGUGAUGUUGCCGGGAGCCGUUCCUGGUGGCGGGCGCAAGAGGGAGCCCGUUUAAACUACCGCUCCCAGGGCCCGCCGCUGCUGUCCUCCCCGCCGCCCGCGGCAAGAUUUCCGCUGGGGCAACGGCGAGCGGCGGCUGCUGCCCGGUGAAGGGUGAUGGGGGCUCCUGACCGGGAGCGGCGGCCGCGGAGACACGCUCGGGGCGGGGGGCUGUCCUGACUCUUCCCCGAGGGGUCCCCGGGGGGACGGUGGCGAGUGGCGGAAGCUUCCCGUUUAGCUCGGCCGUGCUUCCGUGAGGGCGGCUGGGAGCCGAGCCCCGGCAUGCUGCCCGCCUCCCUUGCGCGGGCCGGGCAGCGCGGCGAGCGGGUGCGGGCCGCCCUGGGGAGGCGGCUGCUCGCUCCCCUCGGCUGGGCCCUGCUGCAGACGGGGCCCGGGCCGUGCCUCCGCCUGUGCGUGAGGUGGCGGCACCAAAUCCACUGCAGGGAGCGCGCCUUGCUGCUCCGGGUCGGCCCGCGGAGUAUCGGUACGCAAGCGGGAGGGCUGAGAGCUGAGAAACCUGGCGAUAAUAGCAAACAUGUGUCCGUGCAAAGGGCUGGGAAAGAAGAAACUUUGCUGUCUGCUGCUCAGAGAGUGAAAGAUGCUGGAAGAGACUUUACCUAUUUUAUUGUGGUGCUUGUUGGAAUUGGUGUUACAGGUGGUUUGUUUUAUGUGAUUUUUAAAGAGCUAUUCUCUUCUUCUAGUCCAAGUAAGAUCUAUGGAGAUGCCUUGGAGAAAUGCAGAUCUCACCCUGAGAUAAUCGGUGUUUUUGGUGAAUCUGUUAAAGGUUAUGGGGAGGCAACAAGAAGAGGAAGACGACAGCUUGUCAGUCACAUUGAAUACGUAAAGGAUGGACUGAAAUACAUGCGUUUGAAGUUCUAUAUUGAGGGCUCUGAAUCAGGGAAGCGGGGAACAGUCCACAUGGAAGUCAAAGAGAAUCCUGAGAGAGGAAGAUUUGAGGUCCACUACAUAUUCGUGGACGUUGACACCUAUCCUAGAAGAACCAUUAUCAUAGAAGAUAACAGAUAGCCAAUGAUCAAAGUUGCUGUCUCAUCUGAUCAAGUACUGGAUGAUACUGGUGUCGCCAGUCUGCACGAGUUGUUUGGUAUUCUCGAUUGUAUCUUGCAACUGUGGGGUUGUGUUAGAGGAUGCAGCCUCUCAAGGCCUCCAUUAAGUCUUUCACAAUAACGGAUACGGGAUUUGAAAUGAAGCCAAUGAAAUAAUAGUAGAGCCAUCACUUAUGGCAAAUACUUUUGACAUAGGAAAAUAAUGGCUCAUAAUAAACAGUUUAAUGCUGGAUAAUACUUCUGCACACCCAAAAGCUGAGUCUACCAAGAUGUUAGAUUUGGAUGGGGGGGGUUGUCUUCCUUUGCUUGGAUUUUCCACUAGCACUGCAAUAAAGAAAGUUGUAUUUUAAGUUUA